AUGAGUAAAAUAGAAGAUACUCAAUAUGUAUCAGCAAAAUCGAUACCGUCAAAUGAGAAAAGUUCAGAUUUUGAGGACUCAAUGUCAUUUAAAAAUGGUUCAAAAGAACUUGAUUCUUCAAAUGAUGUUGUAAGUUCUGAUGGAAAUAUGAAAAAGAACUUUUCAAAUAUAGCCUUAGCAAUGAUUGGGUUUUCAUUAACAAAUAGUUGGUUAGGUAUUUCAUCAAGUUUGGUAACUGGUAUACAAUCUGGUGGGCCAAUUUUAAUUGUUUAUGGUAUUUUGAUUGUAGCAUCAAUUUCAGUAGCUAUUGCUUGUUGUUUAGGUGAGAUGGCAUCUGCGAUUCCAAAUGCAGGAGGACAAUAUGUUUGGAGUAGAGUACUUGCUCCAAAACGUUAUGCAAACUUCUGGGCAUAUAUUACAGGAAGUAUUUCAUGGGGAGGUUCUAUUUUCACAACAGCUUCAAUGUGUUUAGCUGUUUCUUUAGAAUUGUUAGGGUUUUGGAAUUUAUCACAUCCGAAUCAUGUUACCAAGAAGUGGGAGAUUUUCAUCAUUUAUAACAUUAUGAAUUGGUUCUUAUUUUUGUUUAAUAUUUGGCAUAAAUUUUUACCAUUAAUUGGUAAUAGUAUUUUUGGUAUCAGUAUUAGUUCAUAUUGUAUUAUUUUAAUUACGGUUCUUGUUUGCUCGAGAAACAAUUAUCAAGAUGCUCAUUUCGUUUUUGUUGAAUUUACUAAUGGUACAGGUUGGUCAUCUAAAGGAAUUGCUUUUAUUGUUGGUUUAAUUAAUCCUGCAUGGUCAUUUUCUUGUCUUGAUAGUGUUACUCAUUUAAGUGAAGAAACUUCCCAACCUGAAAGAGAUAUUCCAAAAGCUGUUUUAUCAACAGUAGCUAUUGGAUUUAUUACUGCUUUUACUUAUUCUAUUGCAAUGUUUUAUUGUAUUACUGAUUUAGACGCUGUUAUUAAUUCAACUACUGGUUUACCAAUUUUAGAUAUUUAUUAUCAAGCUUUAGGUAAUAAAGCAGGUGCUAUUUGUUUAGGUUCAUUGGUAUUUUUAACUGCCUCUGGAUGUACAGUUGCAAGUCAAACUUGGCAAGCAAGAUUAUGUUGGUCUUUUGCAAGAGAUAAUGGUUUACCAUUUUCAAAAUAUUUAUCAAUCAUUGAUCCAAAAACUGGUAGUCCAUUAUAUGCUCAUCUUUUUUCAACAGGUAUCGUUUCAGUUGUUUCAGUUUUAGUUUUCUCAGAUGCUGCUUUACAAGCAACCGCUUUGGCUUGUGUUUCAUUUUUAUUAAUUGCUUAUUCAAUUCCAACAAUUUUCUUAUUGAUGAGAAGACGUCAAAUUAGACCAGGUCCAUUUUGGUUAGGUAAAUUUGGUUAUUUCACAAACAUUGUAUUAUUAUGUUGGACAGUUUUUGCUUUAGUGUUUUUUUCAUUCCCGGCUUAUUAUCCAGUCACUGCUGAAGGUAUGAAUUAUUUCUGUGUUGUCUUGGUUGUCUAUGUCAUUUGUAUGUUAGUCUUUUGGUGGUUCCCAAUUAAAAAAUAUGCAUGUAAAUAUAAUUUUAGAGGUGGUGAACAAAAUGAAGAAGAAACAGAAUAUCCAAACGUUUGCAUUAACGAAUGGUAA